UGGUAGGCCGCCAUUCGGGGGUCGUAACAUUGUAGGCGGGACGGAUGUGUCGGCUCUGAUGCCUGACUGUCUGUCAAGCAGGUUUAGGAAGAGGCGACAGAAGAGAUUCUUCAAAGAAGGGAAGAUGGCGAGAGGUAGUCGGAGUUUGAGAAAAGUAGCUGAGUGUAUGAAACAGUUAUCUUCGACAGCUAACCGAGAAAUACGGACUAGGAACAACCUAAGCAGAUAUUUGUCGACAUGUGGGAUCCUGAUGACACGAGUGCCACCCCUGCUGGGUGCAGCCACGCCAGGACGCGGUGUCGUUGCGUUGCCUGCACGCAGCUUCUUCAACCUCACCAGUUCCUUGUCCAGGAGGAAGGAGUACUCAGAGAGACGCAUCAUUGGGUAUUCCAUGCAGGAGAUCUAUGAUGUGGUGGCUAGUGUGGAAAACUACCGCCUCUUUGUUCCCUGGUGCAAGAAGUCUGAUGUGGUGUUCCAGCGAUCUGGAUUCUGUAAGGCCAAACUGACCGUGGGCUUUCCUCCUGUGGUCGAGAACUACACCUCUCUGGUUACUACAGUAUCCCCACACCUGGUCAAGGCAUCCUGUUCAGAGGGUAAACUGUUCAACCAUUUGGAGACAGUUUGGCGCUUCAGCCCCGGACUCCCGGGUUACCCUCGUAGCUGCACUGUGGAUUUUGCUAUCUCCUUUGAGUUUCGGUCCCUCCUUCACUCCCACCUCACUCACAUCUUCUUCGACGAGGUGGUGAAGCAGAUGGUUUCUGCAUUUGAUGACCGUGCUGCCAAGGUCUACGGGCCAGAGACUCCGCUCCCCCGUGAGCUCAUGUUCCAUGAGGUUCAUGACACGUAGCGGCACCCCAGCGGCACAAACACAGAAACACAAACACACAAUGCCCAAUGCCAGCGACAGAGAGACAGAUGAGAGAGGAGGCAGUGUACAGAGAAAAGAGAUGACCUGUAUUCUGACUGAAAACUGCAGUGCCUUUCUCACAACAGUGACCACAUUCAUUCCCAGCAACAUCUUAUUUUUAUAACUGAUGUGGAUCCACCAGAUAGUUUUCAACUCGGUGCUAAACAUGUACAGGCUUGUUUCCACCUCAGUUUUUGCCUUUAGUCACUUCCAUUAUCAGAACUUCACAUGUAAUCUGUGCCGGUUUGUGAAACUGAGUUCACAGGUUACGAGUGUGAGGUGAGACUAUGGCCUAGCAGUACCAUCGGUCAUGACAGGUCAGCAACUACGUCAUCACAUCUGUAAACAUCAGCUGCACUCAAUAGCUCACUGCGCUGUUCUAACCACCGCCAGUCUACGAUCAGUGCAACGCACAAACCUAACAAGUUGCUGUACAGCAAAUGUCUUUCUAUCAGGACCAGUGGUCAGGUGUGCUGUGGUACAGAUGUAGAGGUGUUUCCUUCCUGUGAUGCUCUCUGCUGGUGCAGCUUGUUUCCAGUUCUACGCGUUCCUGUUGCUGCUGAACUUUGUUUCAUACAUUCUGUCACCAAGUCAUAAGGCAGUAAACAGCUUCAGUAAA